AUGAUUUUCAAAAAUAGUUUUGUUAUCGCUUCCUUAGCUCUAUUGAAUUCUUUGAAAGCUUCAGCUGCAUGCUCUCAAGUUAGUGGAAAUUACUACUGUGAUGAAGCCUCUGCCAUUCUUUAUUCAGGUGUUGGUUAUUCUGGUACCUACAAGGAUGUUACAAAUAUGGACGAAUCUUCCUGUGAAUGUUCUCAAUCCAGUGUUUCAUUUUCCAGUGACUUGUCUCCAUUAAAUGAAGAAUUAAGUGUUCACUUCAGAGGCCCACUCAAAUUGUCUCAAUUCGCUGUCUACUAUCCUGCCUCAUCUUACAAAAAAGUUAAAAGAGAUGCCGACCCAGUUCCAAAGGCUCACCACAGACACCAUGUCCACAAGAGAGCUGCAUCUCCAAGAACAACAACUGUCUUCUUUGCUGAAACUAUUUAUGUCGACACCAAUGGUUAUUCUUCUUUUACCUCUUCAUUAUCCUCUGCUUCCGUUUCCGCUUCUGCUUCUUCAGCUUCGGCUUCAGCUUCCGUUUCUGCAUUAUCCUCAUCUUUAGCAGGAUCCUCAAAAUCCACUGUUGGAGGAUCUUGGUCUAGAUCUUCUUAUUAUACUCCAGGUUCUGCUCAAAAUCUUGUUUUCUUAAACAACUUAGGUGGUGUUACGGAUUCGGGUACCUGGUCUUCUUGUUUUGGUAACUCCUUAUCCUUCUGUGCUGCUAAUGGUCAAGAUGCCUCAUCCUCAUCUCAAGUUUUAAAGGAAGUCACUAUUGGCUCUGAUGUUGAAUACAUCAUCUACUCUGGUUCAAAAUGUGGCAGCUCUUCUGCUUCUGGUGAUUGUGGUUACUACAGAUCUGGUAUUCCUGCUUACCACGGCUUUGGUGGCUCCAACAAAAUUUUUGCUUUUGAAUUUACAAUGCCAACUGAUUCUGGUUCAGCUUCUGACAGUAAUUAUGAUAUGCCUGCUAUUUGGUUAUUAAACGCUAAAAUCCCAAGAACUUUACAAUAUGGUUCGUCUUCGUGUUCUUGUUGGUCAACUGGUUGUGGUGAAUUGGAUUUGUUUGAAAUCCUCUCUUCUGGUUCUGAUAAAUUAAUCUCUCAUCUUCACACUGGUCAAGGCAGUGAUGGUACUUCUUCCGGUGGUGGUGGUUCUUCUGAUUUCUUCAAAAGACCAACCUCCUCUUCAAUGAAAGCUGUGGCGGUUUUAAGUGGCUCUUCUAUCUCUAUUGUUAAAGUUGAUGAUUUCGAUUUCUCUUCUAGUUUAGAUGAAUCAACUGUUAACGGUUGGUUGUCAGAAUCGUCUUCCAGUGCUGUUUUAGUUUAA